AUGUCUUGCAGGCCACGCGAAAGGUUUGGGGCCAUGUCUCGGCGGGAACUAAAUGGGCUGUAUGCAAUGGCGCUACUGCGAGGUUCUAGUUGGAUGCAUGGUUACAUGGCAACCUUAGCACCAAUCCCGCUGGAGUUCAGGGAGCUACCUGUAUGGAUUCGUCUUGUUCCCUUGCAAGUACAGCUUAGUUUCUUCAUGUUAGAUUUGAAGGCGUGGCUUGCUUCAAACUUACGUACUGAACUCUUUCGUGCCUUCUAUUGCUGUCAACAAUUGAGAGUGCUUGUUUGGCGUGACCUUGUGGAAGCUAUGGCAUUGGCGAAAUAUUGCUAUUUUUUAAAGUCGUGA